ACUGUGAGAAAUUUAUUCCAGUUGAUUAUCUGCAGCACUCUGAUUGAUAUCAAUAGAUAAAGUUCUCGAACUUUUAUAUACAUAGGUGUAGUUCGGUUCCUAGUUUAUAUUGUUUGAAUCCUGGAUUUUCGUGAUUGAACAGGGAAUAUGUCUUGGUUCGAAAAUUACGGUGAUGAUUAUUUUGAUAGCCUGUUCAUGAAAAACUUGAAUAGAGAUGAAGCUUAUCUCAGAAUAAUCAAUAACGGAAAGCAUAAGCCAGUCUAUCUACUACAAUCACAUAGGGAAUGUUUAGAAUGUGACUUCUACAAGCAAUGGACGAUUUAUGCAGAUGAGGUCUUCCAAGUGAAUUCUAAUUAUAAAUAUAAAAUUUCUACCUCAGAGUUUGAUAGCAAGAAGGAAACUUUAUGUAAUAUUAUGGAACCUAUGGGUGAAUUUGGUGUUUAUAAUUUGACGUUCAACGACACAAAUUGUUUUUUUCAAACGGAGAAAGAACCAGUUAACAUUUAUUUGCCAAUAAUAGGCGUUUUCUUGAUAUAUGCUAUAUUGAUCUGCAGUAUUGCGACAGUCCAGAGAUUAAUUGGAGAGUUUGGAAAAACCGAGUCUGUAGAAGAAUCUUCUCCUAAAAAGGCUAGAAUAAAAUCAUUGGAUACUUUCAGAGGAAUAUCUAUAGUGACCAUGAUAUUCGUAAAUAUGGGAGCUGGAGGAUAUGCAAUAUUAGAUCAUGCUCCUUGGAACGGUUUUCAUUUGGCAGACUUUGUGUUUCCGUGCUUCUUAUGGAUAAUGGGAGCUUGUAUUCCUAUUUCUUUGACUUCUAGCUUCAAAAAAGGAAUCUCAAAUGGUAAACUCAUUGCAUCUGCAGCCAAAAGAUCUAUCAAGCUAUUCUGCAUAGGAGUAUUUCUGGGUUCUGGUAUUUACCUCGAUAAGUUUAGAGUCAUGGGUGUCCUACAAAGAUUCGGAAUCUGUUAUUUCGUGGUGACUCUCAUAAGCAUCAUUACGUUGAACAGAUCAAAACUGAUCAAUUCCGAAAAAGUGAAACCUCGAUGGAGUACAAGUUUAGAAACUACCUUAUUUGGUUGGAUACCUGCCGUAUAUGCAGCAGUACAGCAUUUGUUGAUAGUUUUCUUGGUGGCCGAGGAUGGUUGUGAAAAGGGCUAUUUUGGUCCAGGUGGUCUUCAUCAACAUGGUAAAUAUGAAAACUGCACAGGUGGAGCCACAGGGUUUUUAGAUAGGGCGAUACUGAAAACACAUGUUUACCAAUUUCCUACAUCAUUCGAAGUAUACAAUUCACAACCAUUCGAUCCUGAAGGACUCGUAGGUUGCCUCAAUUCAAUAUUCCACACAUUCAUAGGAGUACAAGCAGGAGUAAUAUUAUUAGUUCAUAAAGAUCAUACUUCGAGGCUUGCACACUGGUUAGCUUGGGCUAUAGCUUGCUUCGUUUUAGGAGGAUGCUUAUGUGGCUUUUCUAAAGAAGAUGGAAUGAUCCCAAUCAACAAGAAUCUUUGGUCCUUAUCUUUUGUAUUCAUAAUGUCAACUGUUGCUUUCCUUUUGCUGGCAAUCUGUUAUGUUUUGAUAGACAUGAAGAACUUAUGGCGGGGUCAGCCCUUCGUCUAUGCUGGCAUGAAUUCGAUUUUGAUGUACAUUGGUCACUCAGUAACUGGAAAAUUCUUUCCCUUUGCAUGGCAAAUAAACGAUUACGACACACAAACUCAUUUCCUAUAUCUUAUGCAAAAUGUUUCAGCUACAGCAAUUUGGAUGUAUAUCGCUUAUUAUUUAUAUAAAAUUAAGUAUUUUUUCACUGUAUAGAAUGAAUGGAAUUAGCAAUCUGUUAUGAAUAGAUAUAUUUGAAUAAAUGAUUGUUACAGAA